GAUCAGCGAAUUCUCACCGACUUCCGUUCCUCUUAGUCGUCGGCGAAUACGUUCGUCGUACUCGACGAACCGAAUAACGCGGCCGUCUAUUUUCGUUUAUCUCGAAGAAGCAGCUCCGUCUACCGCGACGCUUCUUGUCUCAGCCGAGGUAAGAAAAAGUCGUUCGCGGAGCAACCAACUGUACACAUCUUGUGUGACGGAAUAUUCGACGCAGAACAAUUAUUGACAUGCAACAAUAGUUGACCUUUCGGGAAAAAAAAUGAAUAUAGAAGAAAGAAGACUCAAAUGUCGGCUCUACUAGAUGUAUGUGGAAAUGAUACUGGCUCGCCAUCGAUAUCGAAGGCUGACGACAAUCUGUCAAACAGUGACGGGCCGUUGAUCAAGGGUCUUAUCCGACAAAAUAGUUGCAGCAGCAUGCGUGCGAGGUCAAUUGGUUCAUAUGGGAUGUCUUCGACGUACGAGAAACCCAUGAAGAAGCGUUACUGUCUUUGGAUGUUGACUUUGGUUUUGGCGAUAAUUGGUCUGUGCAAUCUCUUUCUGAACAUUACCGUAAUCGCGGUUUUGCGUAUAAGUCAGGGAAUGGAAGCUAUGGAAGUAAUUCCAGAUGAGAAUCUUGUCAAGUUCUACGGUAGAACCGAUCUUGACAAGAUAUUUCUGCAGUCGGGCGUCUGUCAGAGUUACGGCGACGAGCCGAUGGAGAUAUCUGGCGACGAGGCCGGAGUGCGCGUUGACGUGAAGAGUCACGUACAUGAGAUACACUCCAAACUGGACGUCCUGCCAAACGGCACUGUCGUGUCGCUGAUGGAAUCGUUCGAGAUAAAGGAUCCACGUACCGGCGUGACGUACUUCACCACCGACUUCCCGAACUUCGGUUUGCCGAACGGCGUCGAGACGAUUAACGUGAAAAUCGCGGAAACGCACAGAAUCACGUCGCCGGUCAACGAGAGCUUAAAUGUCAAGUCUGACAAUCAGAUCUCGUUGCACGGCGCGGAAGGUGUGCGGAUCGAGAGCAAGGAUAUUAUGUGGGACGCUCACUUGGACAUGAUUCUCAAGAGCGUAAAUGGCAGUAUCGUUCUAGAUACCAAGGACGGCGUUACUAUCGACUUGAAGAAUAUUCCGGUGGCGCCGAUGUUUCUCCCGAGUCCGACGGGAACUCACGAGCAGUACAAAGUGUGCGUGUGCAUGCCGCAAGGAAAGCUUUUCAAAGUGCCGGUUCGACCAGGCACCAGCUCUCGCACGGUUAAUUGCGCGCGGGUCGCCAGGACUCCAGAAAAUGAUCCUUGUUUGCACUAGGUUCUAAGAGGAGACCGCGAUGUCUUGUAAAAUCUCCCUCGCGUGAAUCAAGUUAUAUAUCACUGCCAAGUGGUGAAAGAAACUUCAGAGAGUUCAAAUUAUAGUAAUCAUAUCAGGGCCUAAUUGGUAAACAGAUGCUCGAUACAAAACAAUAAAUGAUCCGAAACAAGUUAUACACAAAUGUCAUUCAAAUGCGGCUAUUGAUAUUCGCAAGUAUCUCUCUA